AUGCCAACAUCCUCAGCAGAUCAAGCUACAGCUUCGGUGGUCCAAGCCCUCCAAACGCUGUAUCAUGAUCCCGAUAGUAGUUCAAAGAAGAGAGCGAAUGAGUGGUUAGAAGAAUUCCAGCAUAGUGUCGAAGCUUGGCAGACGUGUCAUACACUUCUGACUUCACCAGAAGCACCGUUGGAAGGCAGAUUAUUCUCUGCUCAGACACUACGUGCAAAAAUAUUAUACGACCUAUCCCAACUACCUCGAGAACAGCUUCCACCACUACGCGACUCCCUCUUAUCAUCCUUAUCACCUCUAUGCUCACCAACAGCACCUUCAGGUUCCAAAGCGGUAUUAACUCAACUAUGUCUAGCACUGGCGGAUUUGGCAUUACAGAUGCCAGAAUGGGAGAACGUCGUAGGAGGUAUGAUAGAUCAGUUUGGUAAAGAUCCUUCGACGGUGAUAGUGUUGUUGGGAUUUUUGAAAUCAUUACCGGAGGAAGCUGGAAAUCCAAGAAUACCUUUAUCUAACGAUGAAGUACAAGCUAUGUUGAGUGCCUUAGUCAGCGGAUCGGCGGAACAGGUUCUGGGAGUCUUGACGAUGUAUAUCCAGGCUACUGGCGUUACGACACAAAUCCAGAUAUCGGUAUUCGAAACUCUGCGGAGCUGGUUACAGGCUGGAGAAGUCAUGGCCUCUCAAGUAGCCCAGACGCCUCUCUUCGACGCUUCCUUCGAUGCACUUACAUCCGAUCAGCUGUUCGACGCAGCUGUGGAUGUGCUGUGUGAUCUGAUACAUGAGACUCAGGAGGUGGAAGAUAAUGUAGAAGUGGUACAGCAGAUUGUUCCUCGAGUGAUCGCUCUACGGCCUCAGCUGGAAGAACAUAAAGAAGAUGCGGAUCGUAUACGUGGAUAUUGUCGUAUACUGUGUGAAGCUGGAGAAUGCUACAAGGAUCUUAUCGUUCGACACCCUCAAGACCUAUUACCACUUGUUCAAUCUAUUGCUGAAUGCGCAGCCUACCCCGACCUCGACAUUGUUCCUAUCACUUUCUACUUCUGGUACACUCUCGCCAUGACCCUCGGUCGACAGCCAUCCAAUCCAUCCAUCCAACCUAUACUGGACAUCUACGCGAACCUUCAAACCGUCAUUAUCGGUCAUUUACAUUUCCCGGGAGAUGACGAGCAUCAAACAGCUCAGGAAAGAGACGAGUUCCGGACCUUUAGACAUAGGAUGGGAGACACGCUGAAGGAUUGUUGUCAUGUGCUUGGAGCUCCAACAUGUUUGAAGCGAUCUUACGAUUUAAUAGUCAACGCUAUGGGCAAAUCAUCACCUUCGUGGCAAGAGAUUGAAGCACCUUUAUUCUCCAUGAGGAGUAUGGGAGCAGAGGUAGAUUCGGACGACGAUGAAGUUUUACCUCACAUAAUGGACAUGUUACCUAAAUUACCCGAUCAUCCCAAAAUACGUUACGCCGCCAUAUUAGUCAUCUCAAGAUACACUCAGUGGAUAGAUCGACAUCCUGAAAAUUUGGCAUUCCAAUUACAAUAUAUCUCAGCAGGGUUCGAUAUGGCGGAAGAAGAGGUUUCAGCAGCUGCGGCACAAGCUAUGAAAUUCAUGUGUCAAGAUUGUAACCAACACCUCGUACCAUUCUUACCCCAGCUACACACUUUCAUCAACUCGGUUGGCGACAAGUUAGAUCAAGCUGAUAUGGUCGAAGUCUGCGAGGCUAUAGGAUAUAUCAUUUCCUCGAUGCCUGCUGAACCAGCUGCUUCGGCAUUGAAGGAAUUUUGUCAACCUUUGGUUCAGAAGAUCCAAUCGGUCGCUGUAGCAGACACAGAAGUUGAUAAACCAACUUUACAAAAAGUCGCAGAUUGUUUAGAACAGUUGGAUUCGUAUUUAUCAGUCGUCCGAGCGAUAGAUCCGUUACCUCAAGAAUGUCAUCAGACAGCCGUAGAAGUUUAUGGAGUAUUGGAUUCGCUCUUAAACAGAUACAGCAAGUUGUAUUAUAUUUCGGAAAGAGUAUCGACAGUUUUAAGAAGAGGUUUAACAUUCUUCCCCUCGACCGCACUUCAACCUAUCAUCCAACCCUUGUUAAGUAGGAUGACGAUCUCGUUUGAGCAGACUGGCUAUUCGAGUUAUCUUUGGAUAACAGGUAAAGUCACGAGUAAAUUCGGUGAUGUAGCCAAUCAACCGGAGAAUCAAGCGUUGGGCGAACUGCUGUUGGGAUCGUUCCAGAGUGUGACGAAUGUGAUGUCGAUGAUGUUACAGGAUAAAGUGGCUUUGGAAGUACCGGAUGUGAUGGAUGACUAUGUCCACCUGCUCAUCACUUAUCUCACUUCCAUCCCUACUCUCGUCUUGUCCUCACCUUCGCUCCAACCAGCCAUCUCUCACGUCCUCGCUACUCUCACCUGUCAUUCUCCAGAGACCAUCCUCGUCUCACUCGAUACUCUGGUUAUCUUGUCCAACCACCUCCCCUCAAAUCAUAGAUUACAAGAGAUAUUCAUGACUUACGGCAAAGCGAUAGUGGGAUUGUUAAUCAACGGAUUGAUCGUGCAGGAUUUCCCUGAAGACGCCUUGGAUCAGAUACGAAUUAUCCUCAAUGCACUGACGUCGACUGGUGCUACUCAGUCACAGAAACUCGAGAGUUGGUUUGGAGAGACGAUCAAUGGUUUACCGGGACACGUCGUUCCGGGCGGUGAGAAACAGGCAUUUUUGAAUGGUGUUCAUUUACAUCUGAUCGAACCAUCUUCAUCUGAUAAGUUGAAGAACGCGUUGAACAAUCUGGUAAGAGCCGCUAGGAGGGCUAGAGAGAGGGGCAGACAAGCUAGAAAAUCACUCGGAGCUGUAUAG